GACUGCGAAAUUCAAGAAAUGACAUCUGCUGGACUGCAAAUUGCCGCAGUGGUGCUGGUGGUGGUUGGAUGGUUCACUGGCAUUAUCACCUGUGUGCUACCCAUGUGGAGAGUAAGUGUUGACAAGACAGCUGUAACCAUUCAGACAGUCUGGGAAGGACUUUGGAUGAAAUGUGAGCAACAGAGCACAGGAGUCACAAUUUGCAGAAGAUAUGAGUCUUUACUGACCAUGUCAACAGAAAUCCAGGCUGCCAGAGCACUGACGGUCAUUUCCAUUUUUUUGACUUUCCUAGGAAUCGUUACCUGCCUUUUUGGUUUAAAAUGCACCAACUGCUAUAAAAACAUGGCUAUCAAAGCAUAUAUUGUGAUUGUUUCAGGUAUUAUCUUCAUUAUUUCUGGUAUUAUGGUAAUGAUUACAGUCUCCUGGACAAUUAAUGAUAUUGUGCAGGAGUUCCAUGAUUCAAAGCUGUCUCAGACUCCAAAAAUGGAACUUGGUGCCUCAUUGUACACUGGAUUGAUCUCUGCGAUAUGUCUUAUUUGUGGAGGGGCUUCCCUAUGCUGCACGUGCCCCCAACGUCAUUCAAGAAACACCCAAACCUUUAAUAUGUCAGAGACUGCAGUAUCUAAUGAAAAUUAUCAAAAGGAAUAUGCGUGUUACACAUGGAUGAGACCUGAGAAGAUUAAGCCUAUAAAGUUGGCUGUUUUCCUGUUUCACCUCAGCAUAUCCUCGGAAAACUGCUACUUUUCAGGCCUGUGCUGUUUUAAGGGAAAGAUGUCUUCAGCUGGGUUGGAAAUUAUUGGUGUGGCCUUGUGUGUUUUUGGCUGGAUUGCUGCCAUUGUCACCUGUGCUCUGCCUAUGUGGAGAGUGACAGCCUUCAUUGGGAGCAACAUUGUGACCUCACAGGUCAUUUGGGAAGGCCUCUGGAUGAAUUGUGUGGUUCAGAGCACUGGACAGAUGCAAUGUAAAGUCUACGACUCCAUGUUGGCUCUUCCCCAAGACCUCCAGGCUGCGCGAGCACUGACUGUUAUCUCUAUCAUCUUGGCCAUCCUUGCAGUGCUGAUUUCUAUUGUGGGAGCAAAAUGCACCAACUGCAUUGACGAUGAAGGAGCCAAAGCCAAAGUCAUGAUAAUAGCAGGCGUUCUUUUCAUCCUAGCGGGUCUCAUGCAGUUGAUCCCAGUGUCGUGGUCAGCCAACACCAUCAUCCGUGAUUUCUACAACCCUCUGUUAACCGAUGCCCAGAAACGGGAGCUUGGGGCAUCCUUAUAUAUCGGAUGGGCUGGGGCUCUUCUUCUGCUUCUUGGAGGAGGAUUGCUCUGUUGCUCCUGUCCUCCUCAGGAGAAGAAAUAUGUGCCCUCCCGAAUGGCUUAUACAGCAGCACGAUCCAACGCACCCAGUGGCUACGAUAAGAAGGAUUAUGUGUAGUUACCUCAGGAGGCUACAACACACAUCAAAUGAUUGUACCUGCCGUUUGCUAGAAGGAGGGCGGAGAAAUCAAUGGACCCAAGGCAGAGACUCCAGCAUAAAGGACUUCUUGUUAUGCACCUUUUUGCUUUCUACUGGACCCCUUCUUCAUUACUUGAAUUCACAGAUUUGUGAGUUUCACUUGCACUGAAAAGAUACUGGCGUAAGGAGUUGUAGUUAGGGAACAAUGGAACAGCUCAUUGCUUUUGGGCUGUUUCUUGUUUCAAGUACACUGUGUGUGUAUAUUCAAGAGCUGGGCAGUAGAAGUGUGACUGUAUUUGUUAAGUAGUUGGCCUGCUCUGUUUUGUUUUUUUCAUCAUUUUGGUCUCCAAACAUGCUUAGAAUCUGUAGUGGACACAUUCCAUUAUUCCUUUGUAUUAUCAUUGUUUACUCGUGUGAAUUAUAGUAAUAACUGGGAAACAGAACUUUAGCCUUUUUAAUGUAAACUGUUUACUAGCGCUUGUGCUGAAAUGAAAGGUAAAUAAUACUUAAGCACUUCAUUGAAAAAACACUGGUAAAAUAAGCAGUCUGAAGCAAAAAUGGUGGCUUUUCUGGUUUUUCUUUUUUGGUAUGUGACUUUUUUAGUUAAUAAUAUUAAAGUAGAUUUUUAAGAUAUGUAAAUAAAGCUUUGUUUAUGACACUAAGUAUCUCUCCAGCGUAUUAAUAAACCCUCAGGCUGGGAGGCUCUCCAGACUCACACACAAAUGUAAUGUAUAGCCACAAGCCUGUGAUCACUUUGAUCUCUCACAACAAAAGACUGUGGAAGUUUAGUUUAGAAGAGCACAUUCUUAAAAUGUGCUAAAUAUAUUUAUAUGUGUUGAAUGGAGGUGUUUUAAAUGUAAACUUGGGAAAAGCAGACAUUAUCAUUAUCUGUCUUUUUGUGUCUCAGUAUGCAUGCAUGGUUCACUCUGUCCUUAAAUUAAAUAGUGAGCAUAAACGGUACCAGUCACAUUUUUUAUACUAUUAUGAAUGAAUACACUGUUUAGCCAGUUAUAUGUAUAUAUAUAAACAUGAAGAAACUGUGUAUUUAUGAAUAAAUGUUUGCAUAUAUGGGUCUUAUUAAUAAUGAAAAUUGUAAAAAAAAACAAAACAAAAAAAAACAGUACCUGAUUUUUGCUAAUUCCUUGUUUUGUUAUCUCAUUACUGGUAAUUCAAAAUAAAACACACUUUAUAAAAUAAA